ACACAUUUCUCCUUGCUCUCUCUCUUCUCCAAAUCGGACUUUUCGGGUGUUUUCGUGUCGGUCGGGGUCGGUCGGUGACUCUGGAUCGGUGUGUGGUGUGUUAAAAAAAAACAACAACAAAAACUCGUAAUAACAGAAGCAACAGCAACACUAUAACUAAGCCAAAACAAUUGAAGUGCAUAUUUAGAAAUUAGGUAAAUUAAAUAAUUGUACGGCUCUGGAAGUAUUCAUUGCAUCGAGUGUACUUAAAGCACAAAUUUGUGCGUUCCAUUAAAAAUCGCGCGUUGAAUUUUUGUGUGCGACGGCGGCUCUGGUUCCACAUAUAAACCAAUAAUAAUCAUUUUUAAUAAAGGAGACGCAAAAUCAAACCAUCCGCGAUGUGGCUAAUUGGAUUUAUGCUAAAUUCGGCCAUCCUAACAGCUACUGUCUUGGCCAAUCACCAUGAGAGUUUGACGCUAAGCCCCGCCGAGCACACAGUGGUGCGGUACACAAACGAAUCGCUCAUUGUGCAGUGCCGCAGUCCAACGCCUGACGUUCAGCUGCAUUGGAAAUCACCAAAAGGUGAAAUUAUCCGCGAGCACAAAGGACGCAUACAUAUAGAACAGACCUCGCCAGAACAAUUGAAAAUCGUUUUUGCACACAUUGCGCUGGCCGACAAGGGUAAUUGGACCUGCGAGGCUGCCGAAGGAGGGCUGCAUAGUAAAUCGUACAAUUUGAUUGUAUAUCAGAAAAUUACGUUCACCGAGAACUCCACCAUUUUGACCGUAAAGGAGGGCAAGAAUGCGACCAUAUUGUGUGAGGUUAAAGGUGAACCGCAGCCGAAUGUCACCUGGCAUUUCAAUGGACAGCCCAUUAGUGUGGAGACAAGCGCCUCGAAGUUUCGCAUCCUGGCCGAUGGUUUGCUCAUCAACAGGGUAACACAGAACGACACCGGCGAGUACACGUGUCGUGCAUAUCAAGUGAAUUCGAUUGCUUCGGAUAUGCAGGAGCGCACAGUUUUGAUGAAAAUCGAACAUAAGCCCCUCUGGACAUACAAGCAUCAAUUAAGCCUUCAAUAUGCCUAUGUGAACGGCACGACUUCAAUUAUGUGCGAGUCGCAGGCGGAGCCGCCAGCAAACUUCACCUGGCACCGCAACAAGAAGCGUUUGCACAAUGACAAAUACUAUACUAUUGAUUCGGACAACUAUUGGUCUCGCCUGACAAUUAAUGUGCUUGAUCAUAGCGUGUUCGACAAUUAUCGUUGUCGCGCCUUCAACCAUCUCGGCAGCAUCGAGCGCACCAUUAAACUGGACAAAGGCGAGAAGCCGCCCCCACCGGUCACAUUUCAGCUGCGGGGCUUCAACUCGAAUACAUUCGAUGUGGAUGUGGGUGCGCAGCGAACGCAGGAGAAUCGUGGUGUGAUGGAAGUGAAUGGCUAUCGCAUUGAGUACAUGUCCGAAUUUGAGUUCAAAUCGGAUGCAGGAAAGUGGACAAACGCCAAGCGCAAGGAUUUUCCCUUUGAAGACGGUGCGACAUUUCUCAUCACCAACCUAGAGCCGGACACCGUCUAUAAGAUGCGUGCGGCCUCCCGUAAUCUGGCCGGAUUCAGUGAUUUCACCAAGGUGCAGACUUACAAAACGCUUUCUCUGGAACCCCGUUCCACGGCAGCCACACACACAACUCCUCAUGGCCUGUGCGGCGCAUUGAUUGCGCUGCUUUUGUUGCAUACUCAGCUUCAACGAGGCAACUAGAUGUGAAGAGCUGCUCUUGUUGCCCCAUGCUGUUUUAGCUUUAAGGUGUGCCUCUACCCGUACCCCUAGCCAGUUACAAAAAUAUGACAUUCCAUUUUUGUCUGAUUUGCUUGGCUUAAGUUUUUUAAGUGCUGCUUAAAUGUCAUGUUGCUCUGAUUGCCUACGAUUAUUAUAACAAAUCUAUUGUACUAUUACUGUUCUAAGUCUUUAGUAUUGCCAUGUUUAAACGUGAGUGCGUUCAUCGUUUCUAUUAGCUAUUAAUCAGAAAAAAAUGAAGCAUAGCUCCUGAAGCCUUUUGGGUUUUUCGAUGCGUUGGAAACGCCGCCUGAUACUACAAUGGACGAGGCGCUAUGCUCUCUUACUGUAGCCAAAAUUUAUAUAUAUAUAUAUAAAAAAUACGGAUAUCUGGGAAAAAAAAAUAUUAUUAAAAUAACUUAUGCAUAUAUUUACAUUAUACAUUUGGGUUCGACCCCACUUAGCAGUAUAGACACAUUUUCAAAAACCCUCAUAGCGCUUAGAAAAUGAUAUUAAUCGGAUAAUGUGAGUAAUCGCUGGGAAAAACGUACGCCCAUUGUAUGGUUUCGUUUUACAGUCAACUAUUAGGGCUUUGGCCGCCACAUUUUGUUGCUAUGUGACUGUUGCCAAAUAAAAAAUAUAAUAAUUUAUAGCGAAUAAUAAUCAUGGAAGUACAACCUUAACUUAAGCUCUAAGGUAGUGUUUACUUUCCUUCAACAAGCUUCCCAUCAGCCAAAGUCAGACAAUCUAUAGUAAAUUUACCAAUGAACACAAUUUUUAAAACUCAAUAGUGAACUAAAUACAAACCACUUUUGCAUUAUAUACAAUAUUCAUGAAAUCUCCUCAGCCUCUGCAAUCGCACACAAGCUGAGCCAUCUGAUAUUUUAAUAAAAACAGUAGAAAAAAGUAGACUCGUGCAUAAUAUGAUAAAAGAGCUUAACAAAAGCAUUUGAGAGUAGGAUAAUACUUGCCAUUCCAAAAACAAAUUAAAGUUUGAAUAUAAAUACAUAUUUUAAUAUAAAUAAAAGCAAAACGACGAACCUUGCGUGCACAUACAUGCGUGAGUUUUGUCAAAAUGAAAUAUACAUUUUAAAGAAAUUGAAAAAACAAGAGACAAAAAACGAUUGAUUGAAAUAACAACAACAUAUAAGUGUUUCUGAAAGGAUUUUCCAAAAAAUGCCAAUGAUUAUACGUUUUGUGGUUUGUGUGAUUCGUGUGAGUGUGUAUGUAAUAAAUAUUAUAAAUAAUCGUAAAAUAUACCUAUACAUGUAUUUAAACUGAAAAUAAAGCUUUUGUUCAAUAAAUAAGUAUGACAACAUAGCCUAAA